AUAGAAUUUCCAUUUUCCCAGCUUUCUUAAGCCGCAGACUGUGGUGGCACUUUUAUACUCCUAAUACUUGAUGGAGCUCUCCUUAUAUUAUAAAGAUAGUUUUUUUUAGAAUUAUGUGAAAGUGAUUAUAGCUUCUAAUUAAAACUUUCACACAUUACACAUAUACCAUCUCCAAACUCCAACAAGCUCCCUCAUUAAUCAUGAUGAAAUCACUUCACAAUACUCCUAUCAAAACCCCACCUCUCACCAAAUUCAUUUUAGUCUCCUCUUCAUUUUGUGCCAUUUCUCUCUUUCUAUUUACAGUGCUACUCUUUACAACAUCAAAGAUAGAUGUCUUUUCUUCUUCAGAACCUCAAGUCUCUGAUCCUGAUCCUACCAGCAUUGACCAUCUUGUCUUUGGAAUUGCUUCAACCGGAACCUCAUGGCCUAAGAGGAAUGAAUAUGCCAAGCUCUGGUGGAUUAAAACAAUGAAAGGUUGUGUUUUUGUGGAUAAUCUCCCACCUGAAGACAACACUGGUGGAAUUUCUCUUCCUCCUCUGUGUGUCUCUGAAGACACUUCCCAGUUUCCUUUCACUUACAAGCCCGGGGGACUAAGAUCAGCGAUCCGCGUGGCGCGUGUGGUGAAGGAGACAGUGGCGCUGAAUUAUUCCGGUGUUCGAUGGUACGUGUUUGGAGAUGAUGACACUGUUUUCUUCCCUGAGAAUCUGGUCAAAACACUUUCCAAAUAUGAUCACAGGUUAUGGUACUAUGUUGGUGCUUACUCUGAGAGUUAUGAGGGGACACAGACUUUUGGUUUUGGAAUGGCUUUUGGUGGUGGUGGUUUUGCCAUUAGUUCCUCUCUAGCAAAAGUUCUAGCCAAGGUGUUUGAUUCAUGUAUACAGAGGUACUCACAUCUUUAUGGAAGUGAUGCAAGGGUGUACUCUUGCAUAGCAGAGCUAGGUGUGGGAUUAACAUAUGAACCAGGUUUUCAUCAGGUGGAUUUGAGGGGAAACAUAUUUGGCCUAUUGGCAGCACAUCCAUUGAGUCCCUUGUUGUCCCUGCAUCACCCAGAUCAAACUGAACCUAUCUUUCCCAACAUGACAACUAGAACUUCUAUCAAACACUUGUUUAAGGCUGCAAAUGUUGAUUCCCAGAGGAUCCUACAGCAAACAGUUUGCUAUGAGAAACGAUUCUCAUGGACAGUUUCAGUGUCAUGGGGAUAUGCAGUUCAAGUGUUCCAGAACAAGAUGCUUUUGCCAGAAGUACUGAGAGUGCAAGAGACAUUCAAGCCAUGGAAGGAAAAAGUUGCUUUGGCAGGGAUAUACACUUUUAAUUCAAAAGAAAUUCACCCUGACCCAUGUAGAAGACCCUCCAUUUUCUAUCUUGACAAGGUUUCUUCUGGGAAAGAUGGCAUCAUAAGCAGCUAUAGAAAAUCUUUUCAGAAUUGCUCAUAUAACAAGAUAUCACAACUGGAAGAUAUCAAAGUGGUCACUAAUAAGUUGAACCUUGACAGCAAACAGUUGCAGGCUCCAAGAAGGCAAUGUUGUGAUGUGUUGUCCUCUAGCUCUGGUCACCUAAUGGAAAUUGCAAUUAGAGAGUGCAAAUAUGAUGAACUGAUUUACAUGCACUAACAGAGAAAAAGUGCUUAGUUAUGUUCAAUUUCUCUCAAUUUAUGCUCAUUGAAGGCGGAGAACUUUUGCUUGUGUAUAUGAGAUGGCAAGAUAUAUAUGUUUGUAAGGAAUUUUCAGUCUAGAUUUCCAACUUUUCAUAACAGAGCAACUUAUUGAAGUUGUAAGAA